AUGACAUCAGCAUCAAAAUCGUUAAAAUUUCACGCGGGUAAAGUACAAUACAACGAAGAUACGAACCGAUGCACACCGUUGCCUUAUGAAGGAGUAAUUUCCAUUAAACCCAGUGCUGAAGAACCGGAUUUCUUGGAUUUCACAUGGACACCAAAACAAGACCAGACGCAGCAAAUUAAUGGAACGCAACAAGUUGAAAAAGACGAAUUGUUGUUGAUUCCAGGGGAUGUCACCAUCAAGACGAUAAAAUCUUGCAAUACUGGACGAGUGUUUGCAUUUACAUUUUUGAGUAGUGGAGCCAAGUAUCUUUAUUGGUUACAAGAUGUUGGAGAUGUUGAUGAUCUUGGGAAGUUGACUGAAAAGGAUAAUAAAUUGAUUCAACUGAUAUCGUCUUUGAUAAGUCUUGGCGAUGAUGAUGAGGAUGUCGAAGAGAAGGAAGGGGAGAAAGCAGAGUCAAUGCAGAAACAGCCACAACAAGGAUCUCGAGGUACAGUACCAUCCACUCAAACCCAACCACAGUUUAAGAUGCCAAUAGGAUCAAUCUCAUCUGUAUUGGAUAUAUCAACUAUCGAUAGUCACUUGGACAAACUUUCAAUAGAUCAAUUGAAACAAAUGUAUGGUGAAUAUCUACCACCAUCCAUAGCUCAAAACCCAACAAAGUCCAAGAUUAUUGAUGUUGUAAGAAGUGGUUUUUACCAACAAAGUGAGCAGAAGUUGACUAAGCAAUUACGAGCUAAUGAAGGUGCUGGAUUAUUGUUGGCACAGAGUUUGAAAUAUGACUACAAAGGUGAAGGAAUUGAGAAUUUUUUGAAUGGGAUUAGAGAGUUAUCCAAGAAGGAGAAAGAAGAAGAGAAGAAGAAAGAGGAUCCUUGA